CAAAUGGAACUUCAGACGAGAUGGAUGCGUGAUCAUCAUCAAACUAAUGAUGAUCAUCAACAACAGUUAAGCUUGCAGAGAGGGAGCGACUGAGAGAGAGAGAGACAGAGAGCGAGAGGGCGAGGGAGAGAGAUAGUGAGUUUCUGAGAGCUGAGAGCGCUCGUUUCCACUCAGACGCAACGACGACGCUGUCAACGAUGAGAGCCGAAUGCGUUCGGCUCGCUUUGCUUGGCGUUCGUGCGCGUUUUACCUGUAAUCAGGUAGAGGUAGACAGAGAGGCGUUAGUUGUUCCACAGCGCUGAUCGAGUCGAAAACAAUAUUUGCUGGCCCGUUGCCCGACGCCCAAAAGCCAAAUGAAAAAGUGUGCCCAACAGUUUUUGGCGUAAAGCAAAAAUAAAUAACUAACUACAACAAAAAACGGCUCCAAAAUUAAUUUGUUGUGCGUGUGUGUAUCUGUGUGUGCGUGUGUGUUUGUGUGUGCGUGUGUGUGUGUGUCUGUGCGCAUUUAGCUGGAAUGUCAGACUGACAAGUUGUAAAGGGAAACCCUGAAAUACAAAAGCAGCAAAAAAGCAGAAGCUCAAUAAAUAUAAAAUCAAUUUAAAGCAAAGCAAACAAACAAAAGAUACAGCCGCAAAGUUUGAGAUACAGAUAAAAGAGCUCUAUGUGAAGUGCGCGCGUAUUUGCAUAGCCAACAACAACAACAACAAAGACAACAACAACAACAACAACGGCAACAACAACAACGGCAGCAACAACAACGUAAAGAAAUCGUCGAAAUUAAACGUUUCGUGCGACUCCGUUUGCAUUUUUAUUUUGGCAUUUGGUUUGUUGUCACUUGGAAAAUAUGUGGAUUACUGUGCCGUCAGCAGAAACUCCAACAAUAACUACAAAAACGGCAACAACAACGGCAACAACAGCAGCAACAACAGCAACAACGACAACACGAGCGCGCUGCAAAGGCGAGCGCGUGAACAAAUCGCAAAUUGAAUGUAAAGUUUGAACAACAAGAACAACAAACAAGACAGUGCCAAUGCUUAAAGUAUCUGACAGAUACGUAAUUCCUGUGUCAUGUGUCCUGACAACAACAACAAUAAAAGCAACAGCAACAACGACAACUGCAACAACAGCAUUUACACACAAUCAGUGCCAGCGGCUGCGCCUGCGCCUGGAAUGCGGCAAUAAAAUUGUUAACAAGAAUUUCAUCUAUUUCAUUUACAAUUAUCGCAAGCGAAAAAACGCAGCGACCAAACUGAGAUUUAACGCAUUUAUUAUCACAUAUUUACAAAGACCGUGAUUUCAUUUUUUUUUCCUUCGUGUACCCCGGCCCGUUGUGCAACACGCGGCUGCACGGUAGCCGCUUGCCACUUAAAACAGCUGUAAAUUGUGCAAAUAUAUCUAAGGCAGAGUGAGAGAUAGAGAGAGAGAGUGCGAGGGAGAGGUAGAAAGAAACCAAAGCAACAACCGCUGAGAUAAGCGCACAGCCCGGAAAACCGACGAUAUAAAUGUAAAUGUCAUAAAUUCAUCAAAGCACGUUUACUGAGGGCCCUGCGAGAGCCAAUCCAUCAAAAUACGCGGCUUACAAAUUAAUAACUAAAGAAAUAAAGUGUAAAGUAAAAAAGUAUAACGAUAUAUAACUCUACACAUACAAGUCUAGAUCCCGAGAUACGACAACAUAGGAAACUAUAUAAGACUGAGAGUUGCAAGCGACCAUGCGCGCAUGGCUUCUACUCCUCGCAGUGCUGGCGACUUUUCAAACGAUCGUUCAAGUUGCUAGCACCGAGGAUAUAUCAACGAGAUUUAUCGCAGCGAUAGCGCCAACAACAGCAACAAAGGCCAUAAUAAAUAGUAAUAUAACUAAAACAACAAAAACAACAACAACUACGACAGCAUUAGCAAAAGCAUUUAAGCCAUUUAACGAGUUACUACUCAGCAACAACAACAACAACAACAACAACUACAGCAGUGAUAGUGAUAUUAACAACAACAAGAAAAACAACAAAAACAAAAGCAAGCAUAGCAAAAGUGCCGCCUCGAAACAGUUUAACGAAGUGCAUAAAACAAGAACAGACCAAUUAGAAAAUUCCAAAAAUUCCAAAAAUAAGCAUAAUAAACAGCAUAAGCAUAAACAAUUAACUAAUCAUAAUACAACAACACCAGCAACAACAACAAUGGCCAAAAAGGAGCUGCAACAACAAAAACAACAACAGCAACAAACCGCCAUUGCGAACGUGUUUGCCCUCAGCCCCGCCUCGAAGCCCGCCCCCAGCUUCAGCACCAGCUCCAGUUCCAGCUCCAGCUCCAGCUAUAUUCCGGAUUCGAGCAAUACGAAUACGGACAGCGUUUUGGGUGAAUUCGAAAUGCCGGGCAUUGCGGACGCGAUCAUCGCCGAGGACGAACCGGCCACAUAUAGCAGCAAGGAGAUAAUCAAGGACAAAGUGAAACCGGAUCCAUCCACUCUAGUCGAAAUCGAAAACAGUCUCCUGUCGCUGUUCAAUAUGAAGAGGCCGCCAAAAAUCGACAGAUCCAAAAUCAUAAUACCGGAGGCAAUGAAGAAGCUCUAUGCCCAAAUUAUGGGACACGAAAUUGAUUCCGUGAAUAUACCCAGACCGGGCCUAUUAACUAAAUCAGCGAACACUGUGAGAAGUUUUACACAUAAAGAUAGUAAAAUCGACGAUAGAUUUCCACAUCAUCAUCGGUUUCGGCUGCACUUCGAUGUGAAGAGCAUACCCGCCGAGGAGAAGCUGAAGGCCGCCGAGCUGCAGCUGACGCGCGAGGCGCUCAGCGUUAGCCAAACGGUGUACCGGACCCGCUACCAGGUGCUCGUCUACGAUAUCACCCGGGUGGGCGUGCGGGGCCACAGGGAGCCCAGCUAUUUGCUGCUGGAUACGAAGACAGUGCGUCUGAAUAGCACCGAAACGGUGAGUCUGGACGUGCAACCUGCCGUGGAUCGGUGGCUGGCUACACCGCAAAAGAACUACGGCCUGCUGGUGGAGGUGCGGACGAUGCGCUCCCUCAAGCCGGCGCCGCAUCAUCAUGUGCGCUUACGCCGCAGCGCGGACGAGGCGCACGAGGAUUGGCAGCACAAGCAGCCGCUGCUCUUCACCUAUACGGACGAUGGCCGGCACAAGUCGCGUUCCAUACGCGACGUCAGCGGGCGGGAGGGGGGCGGCAAUGGUGGCGGCGGUCGCAAUCGUAGGCAUCAGCGACGCUCGAGACGCAAAAAUAAUGAAGAUAAUUGCCGACGGCAUUCGCUGUACGUGGACUUCCAGGAUGUUGGCUGGAGCGAUUGGAUUGUGGCGCCGCCGGGCUAUGAUGCAUAUUAUUGCCAUGGCAAGUGCCAGUUCCCGCUGGCCGAUCAUCUCAAUUCCACAAACCAUGCGGUUGUGCAAACCUUAGUCAAUAAUCUCAAUCCAGGGAAGGUACCAAAGGCGUGCUGUGUGCCCACACAGCUUGAGGGCAUCUCGAUGCUCUAUCUCAAUGACCAAAGGACAGUUGUGCUCAAGAACUAUCAGGAUAUGACAGUUGUCGGCUGUGGUUGUCGAUAAGGACACACCCACACAGACAGACACUGAGAGAAAAAGAGAGAGCGAGAGAGAGCGAGAGAGAGAGAGAGAGCAUCAAAUGCUGUUUGGUUCCAAGCCGUCAAUGCUUUAAACACAACGCAAACAAAAUGGACUGAAUAUUUGAAUUUUAAGUGUAAAUCGUAGACUUUAAUUGUAUGUAGAGCGAAAUGCAGCCACGCCCACCCAAACUACCCCACCAUCCUCCCCCGCCAGCAGCAGCAGCAGCAGCGCCCGACAAGCAGCAGCCGCCGCGCCUCUGUCACUUUCCACAGCCAGGCUUUGGAAAUGUUGCACAGAGUCCAACGUGUUGAGACGCCGCGCGACCAACCAACUGUAAAUAGCCGCAACCACGCCGCCCAUAUACCACCCCCUCCCAAUACUACCCCGCCCCAUAAUUUGUCGCCUCCUGCAGCCAUAGUAGCAGUCAACAAAAUGCCAUAGACCGCACUUUGAGAUACUUUUGUAUCUUGCAGCUCGCACUGCUGAAUUGAACAAAUUGUAUAAAAGCUAAUGCUAAGCUAUAAAUAUAUAUGAAUAUAUGAAAACCGGGUGAAAAGCGUGCAGCUUUGCCCAACAACCUAAUUGUUAAUAACUAAUGAAAAUCAAAUAAAAACAAAAACAACUGUAAAAACGAAUCAAGAAAUAAAUCAAACGCUAAAAAGAACUUGAAAUUAUGUAGAGACCAGCUACAAAAAUAUAUUAUAUAAAUAUAUAUAUAUACAUAUGUAUAUAUAUAUACAUAUACACUAUAUAUAUACUGCGUAUGUAACUCUCUUGUAUAUGUACUAAACUUAAAUACUUAUCCUACACCCUACACACAACACACACACACUUACAUACAUGCAAACACACCUAGCUACACACACACAUAUACAUAUCGACGCGACGGUAUUCAAAAAACUUCGUUCCCCAAAACUAAACUGUAAACUGUAUAAAGCAAACUUCUUAACUAAACAAAGGAAAACCUAAAGUUAAACUACAACUAAAACCUAAUUUAAAUUCUAAAGAAAUCAAAAAUAAAUAAAUAAUAUAAAAUUAUCGUUUAUUGUUAUGCGUUUUAAGCUAAACUCGAAUAAAAUAACCGUAUGUUAAAUAUA